UGAAGUAAUGCUAGAGAUCAUGCUGCAGAGAGUACUCUCAUGAGGCGUGCGUUGGGUUGGCUGCUACCUGGACAAGGAACCGGUGGCAUCUUACCUUCCUUAAGCAACUGCCCAACACCAUCAUGGCUCCUACAUUCUGUGGAGGCCAUCUCCGCCGCCUCCCCAGGAGCAUGCACCUGCGCAACGUCAGCCGACGGGCUCAAUCCACUCUUUGCAGUUUUUCAGGGAAGAGCAGCAGCGGCAGUGGUGCUGUGGCAUGUACGGCGGCGGAGCCGUCAACAAUGUUGGUGCUCGUCCAGCACGUGGCCAACUCGUAUGAGUUCGUUCACACCGCCACAGGACUCCCCUGGGCAGCGUCCAUCCCGUUAACCACUCUGGCGCUACGGCUGGCGCUACUGCCGCUGUCCAUGCGGCAGGCGCGGAUUAUUCGUUCCAACUUCAGCCUCUACCGGGAAGCAGUUGCGCUGACUGACCAGCAGGAGCGAGAACGGCAUCAUCAGCAACAGCAGCAGGGGCAGGGACAGGGGCACGGGCAGCAUGGCCAAGAGUACCACGGCCAGCAGCAGCACCAGGACCAUAACCAUCCGGGACCUGGUGUGGCGGCCACCACAUCUACUGUUGCUGCUGGCGCUGGCGCUACAGUCGAAGUCGACCCAGGGCUGCCUUCAGUGCUCCAUUCCCGGAUGCUGCGGUCUCAGGCAGUGCUGUCCAACUUUGACAAGUUGCGGAGGAAGAUCCCGGUGUUUGUGCUCGUGAGCGCCACGUUGGGGAUCAUGUCCAGGUUGCCCUGGCCGGGGCUGAGCAGCGAGGGUGCGCUGUGGUUCCCAGACCUGACCCUGCCGGCUGUGGUGAUGGAGACGGGGGAGAUGCCGAUGGGGCCGGCGGGACUGGUACUGCCGCUACUGGUGUACGGCAUGACUAUGACAUCACUGCGCCUUGGUUUCGGGGCCAGCGGGCUGGCUGGGAAGCAGCAACAGCUGCAGUUGCUGCAGCAGCCUCAGACGCCGGGCGGGGCCGCGCCGUCUGGGGAACCCCCAGACACAACGCUAGCCGCCUUCCUCCGCUCGCUGGCCCCGCUGCUGUACGUCCUAACUACUUUGAAUUUGUACUUUAAAGUACAGAUGGCCCACGGGGUGCUCGUACACUGGCUGGGCAGCGCAGGGUUUACCCUUUCCCUUCAGUUGGCGCUCCGGAACCCAGCCCUACGCGCACUGUUCCUCAGGUUCAGGAACCUGCCUUCCUCCUCCGCCGGCUCCUUGUCUGGGGCCAGCCCCUCCCUGGCGCCAUCCCCCUCGAGCUCCACCAGCCCCUCGGUGGACUCGGCCAACAGCGGUGGCAGCGGUUCCAGUUCGCCCCCUCAUCCCUCCCUGGACUCGACCCGCCACCUCCCCUCUGACUUAGUCGCCCGGGUGGAUGAGACCACAGACCCCAAUGUGCUCGUCAUCAUGGGAGCGCAGCUGAGCGCCAGGCAACACUACGCGGGUGCGCUGCACUGCUUCCGGAAGGCGGUGCUGCUCAACCCGGGCCAUGUGCGCGCGCACUACUCCAUGGGCCAGGUGUUUGCCCUGACAGGCCGCUGGUCAGAUGCGGAGGUCAGCUACCGGGCCGCUGCAGAGCUGUCCGCCCCGAGCCCGGAGAGGGGUCAGGCGCUGUACUGCGUGGCCACGGCAUUGCACUCGCAGGCAGGGAGCGAGCGGGCGUGUAGGGAGGGGAAGGGGAAGGGGGACAGGUGCAGCGGGGAGGGCAAACUGGAGGCGGCAGCGGCAGCCUAUGCCGACGCUGAUGCCAACUGGCCGGGCCAGACGGUCAUCGUGUACGGCAGGGCGAAUGCGCUGGCGGCGGCAGGGCAGCGUGAGGCAGCGGCCGAGGCGCUGGCGGAGGCGGAGGCGCGCGAUGCGGCCACGCCGGGGCGGCCGUUCCACGCUGCGCUCGCCCGGUUACGUACCCGGUUGACGGCGGCCGCUACGGAGGAGGGGGAAGGGGGAGGAGGGGUCGCGAGACACGGGCAGGGUGGCUCGGGGCCGGGGUCGGGAUCGGGACCGGGCGGCAGUCAACGCGGGACUCCUCCCUGA